AGUAUUAUUCUGCAGAGCUCGAAUGAAAGAUGCAAUUACUUACAAGGUCUCCUUGGCGUAUUCUUCCACUCCACGAGCGUUCCGCAGAAGGUUAUUGAUGUCCUGGCACAUGCGGGCUUAUCAAUCAGCGUCACAUCAAUCCACAAUGCGAUACACUCAAUCCCACGGCUCACUGCCUUCGCAUGGCAUGUACGAAAUAUUCUUGUCCAACAUGGCCGGUAUUUUGGAACAUUUGCGGACAAACUUGGAGAGCCGGAAUCAGUAUUACGGAUACCUGUCACAAAGACGGAACAAAUACCUUUCCGUUCCAUGAGGAUUAAGCAAUCGACUGCUGAUGGAAAUAUGGAGGUGAUGGAGAACUUGCUGCGACAAGGAGGAAUCGGAGAUCCCACAGAUAAGGACUUUGAAUCAGCUGGAGAUGUUGACAUGUCAGAACACGUCUUGCUCAUUCAUGGUGAUUUACUCACCAAGGAACGGCUCGACACGGUUAGUGAUACACGGAGAAUUGAGAGCACGCCAAAAAAUCGAUUCCAGUACAUCAUCUUCCUGCCAGGGUUGUUUCACUAUAAAAUGGCGUGUGCGGACGCAAUAUGGAGGACGUACCUUCAACCUAAAGAAGGCCGAGAUGACUCGAAUAGCAUGUUCCAGCAUGUAGGCAUCUUGCGACCACAAGAGACAGGGCGGAUAUCGACGAAACCUGGGUUCAGACGCAUGCAUGACGUCAUACACCAUGACCUGCAUGCUUCGAUUCUCGAAUGCUGGCGCCUCGAAGCACAGUCAAGACAGCCAGUCGAAUGGCAAACACUGGAGAAGUUUGGAAAAUCGGAGCCGGGGUGGGAUCUGCUUGUGGAGAUGUCUGAAGCAAUUGUCAACAAGUAUGUUGCAACAUCAGACAAGCUUGGUGAACUACGUGCCAGACCAGUUAGUGAACGGGACGAAGAGUUUGAAAACCAAUGUCUUCGGAAUCGGGAUCAGCUACUCUACGUUGAUCUCUGCCAGGCCAUGAAUGCUGGUGAUAUUGGACGAGUCGAGGCAUCAUUCUUGCCGUGGAUCUAUAUAUUUUGUGCAACUGGCAAGCAUAAGUAUGCGGCACAAAUCAACAAGUUUUCAACAAACUUACGAUAUGUAUAUCCCCAAGACUUGUGUCACAUAAUACGUCUCAACUUACUUUGCAAUCCUACGGGAAAAUCCAAUGCUUUUCGAGCUGUGGACUGGUUAGUGGAGCGAAACAAUCUGUACACGAAGGUGGUCAUCUUUGCAGGUACAGGUCCAAACCGCACAAUUGACCACAUCAUCAAACAAUCACCGUUGAUUGAGGUGUUCCGCAACUGCCACGUCAUCAUGGAGAAUGCAUUCUACCUGAAAAACCGAACUAUCCAGCACACACACCCAAACAUGGCGGCCACGAUUGAAAAGCUUCGAUCAUAUAUCCAGUCAACGUUGGCAUAUAUACCACAAAACAGGAGUUCAAAGCGAGUUAUUGAAGACCAGAUUGCGGUUGGAAUGAAGCUGAUACAACAGAAAAAAGUUAGCCAAACAACGACUGGUGAAGAGCGCUAUGAAGCAGAGCCGGAGGAUUUCGUUAAUAACUAA